AUGUGCGGCCUUGUUCAGCUUAUCAUCCACUUCUUCAAGAAGAAGGAGGAGGCCGGAAGUGCCCAUGAAGCUCUCGAGCUUGGACAAAUCUCCCAUCCUUAUGACGUUCGUCGUGUGGACAGCAAGGGAAACCCCAUUGAUUCCCAGGAUCACCCUCUUCCCAACAACCUACCCGUGACCGAUCCCGUUGUCACCAGCUGUUUUGCUUCUACCCGAGGUGGUCGUCCUAACCUCGAUGCUGUCGCUAUCUUCCGAGGUCUGCCCAUCCCUGAUGGAUCUGCCGUCACCGAUGGUACCUCUACUGCUGAGAGUACACCCCCUGCCACCGAUGGUGCUGCCGUCGACCCUAAGGUCGAGGCUGGUGCCCAGGCCAAGCAGGAUACCGACCCUGUCGUUGCUGGUCCUGCUCCCAAGGAUAUCUAA